UUUCUUCUCUUUCCUUAUCUCCACAGAUAAAAAAAAGAUGGACGUGGGUUCCAGAAUGCUCCCGGGUUGGGGGUUUGUCGUUCUUUUCCUGAUUCUGGCUGACUUAUCUUCAGGCGUUGAUCCUCCGCACUAUUGCUAUGGGACACCGGGUCUCCCUGGGGUCCCUGGGUCUCCGGGCAUGGAUGGCAGAGAUGGCCAGAAAGGCUCCAAGGGAGAGCCAGGGAUCCCAGCCCUUUCUGGCAAUCAAGCUCUCAAGGGCGAGAGAGGAUCUCCUGGUUUGCCCGGAAAGACUGGCCCGAGAGGGCCUUCCGGACCUCCGGGAGAGCCCGGUCCGAAGGGAGAAGAUGGUGAGCCAGGAGAACUGGGUGGCUACAAGCGGAGUCAUCAAUCCGCCUUUACGGUCAUGCGGCAGACGGCUGAGUAUCCUGAGAAGGACGUCCCCGUCAUCUUCAACAAAGCCAUCGCCAACACGAACCAAGACUAUGACGUCAGGACCGGCAAGUUCACCUGUCGUAUUCCUGGCCUCUACUACUUCGUCUAUCACACGUCCCAGACCGCCAACCUCUGCAUCAACUUGUAUCUGAACCAGGAUAAAGUGACCGGUUUCUGUGACCACAUGUCCAACACCAAGCAAGUCAGCUCAGGCGGCAUCUUGCUCAGGGUGGAAAGGGGCCACCAGGUAUGGCUGGCAGCCAAUGACUACAACGGCAUGGUGGGGAUCGGUGGAUCAGAUAGUGUCUUCUCAGGCUUCCUGCUCUUCCCAGAUUAGAGAGUGGGUCUGAAUGGGCUCAUCAGAACGUUGAGUACAGUUUCUCUGCAAGUAUUCAAGCUGCUCUUAUUUGGUCUUAUAUAGCCCGAUGGCUCUCAUGCUUUUUCACCCUUGCUCCACAAAUAUUUUCAUGGGGAAAAAAUGAAAAUAUUUAAAAAAAAAUCUUAAUAAAACUGUUCUUUGCUCUUUC